GCCAAGCAUCUGAAUUUUGAUUGCAUGACUGCGGGGAUGCCGCAACGGUCAUAAGUGUGAGAAACGGCCAGAAGUCACUUUUUUCAGUGCCAUUGUAACAGCCAGAUUCACUUAACAACCACGUGGCUAAGAGAACAAUUGCAGCGAUUCCCUUAAGAAAUGAGGCAAGAAAAGAAAAAAUCAUCCCGUAGGACGAAACUCGUAAAUUUCUCGCUCGGCAACGUAAAUUCCGGGCUCAGUUGUGGCCGUAUGUCGAGAACUACCAGUAUUGCCGUGGUGGCGCAGUGGUUAAGAGUGCAGUACUGCAGGCUGCUUCUGUUGAUCACCGACUGCCGGCAGUUUGGCAGAUCGAAUCUCACCAGGCUCAAGGUUGACUCAGCCUUCCGUCCUUCCGAGGUGGGUGAAAUGAGGAGACCCAGAUGGUUGGCAAGAGGCUGACUUUGUAAACUGGUUAGAGACGGGCCGUAAAGCACUGUGAAGCAGUAUAUAAGUCUUAAGUGCUAUUGCUAUUGCUAUUGAUCGAUCCGGAGCGAUCUUUUUUCCCAAAGCCCAACCGACGUUUGGCAAGUGCCGCCGAGUUUCCAAAGCCGGACAUGACCUCUUUGUCCCAAAGUCCAUGGGAGAUGGAUCUGUUUUGCAAAGGAGAAGCUCUUAACAAACCAUCUCGGCCGGCCCGUUCCUCUUCCCCCUUCGUGCAUUAUUGAAACCCUUCUGAUGGAGACAGGAAAAGCUCCGGGCGCAGCCAAUCGGGGUACAGCUGCCAGCAUCUGGGGCGUCUGGCUGGCGCUGUCGGGCAAUGGAGACCUUCCCAGACAGGCUGCGGGAACCACUGGGGCUGUAGCCGCCUCUCUCUCUCCUCCGGACCGGUUGGAGCCACAGGCAGAUCCAGCUUCCAGGAGAGCGGCCGCCACAGCAUGGGCAUUCCGCUGGCCAGCACAUAAUGCCCCCAUGUGCCUCCAUCUGGCCUGUCCCCGCGACGCUCCUUCUCUGCCAUGACUCCCUCAGCCAUGCGCGAGAGGAGCCUUCCCGCUUGACGGAUCUAAAAUGUGACCUCUCGGAGCACCAUGGAGUCCUUCGUGGUGGUAGCGGAGUACGACACUCCUCCCAGUUCCACGCCAGGCCAGCCGGAGGGGCUGGCGGAGGAGGAGGAACCCAUGGAGCCAUGUGAAGAGCAGGCCCUUCUAGCCCCAGGACCUGGAGAUCUUGGAGAACCAGGCCUGGCCAACUCUUCAAGGACCUCCUCCAGAGAGACCAAGGAAUCUUGGAUCAAAGUCAACCUUUCGAGUCGCAAGCUCUCCCUGCAAGAGAGGUCUCCCUCCGUCCAGUCCCCCAGCGGGAACAUGGGGCUCAAUGGGCGCUACAUCUAUCCUUCCCUCCCUUACUCCCCUGUCACCUCCCCACACUCCUCCCCGCGUCUGCCCCGGAGGCCCACCAUCGAGUCCCACAGGGUGUCCAUCACGGGGCUGCAGGAUUGUGUGCAGCUCAAUCAAUACACUCUGAAGGAUGAAAUUGGAAAGGGCUCCUACGGUGUUGUGAAGCUGGCAUACAAUGAAAAUGACAAUACUUACUAUGCAAUGAAACUGCUUUCGAAGAAAAAGCUGAUGAGACAAGCCGGCUUCCCACUGUUUGAACUUGUGAAAAAAGGGCCAGUGAUGGAAGUUCCCAAUCUGAAACCUCUUACUGAGGACCAGGCACGAUUCUAUUUCCAAGACCUGCUCAAAGGCAUUGAAUAUUUACACUACCAAAAAAUUAUCCACCGGGAUAUUAAACCUUCCAACCUUUUGGUGGGAGAGGACGGUCACAUCAAAAUUGCCGAUUUUGGCGUGAGCAACGAAUUCAAAGGAUCGGACGCCUUCUUAACCAACACGGUCGGCACCCCAGCAUUUAUGGCCCCCGAGACGCUCUCGGAAACCAGGAAAAUAUUUUCAGGAAAGGCUUUAGAUGUCUGGGCAAUGGGAAUCACGUUGUACUGUUUCGUCUUUGGACAGUGUCCUUUUAUGGAUGAGCGAAUCCUCAGUCUGCACAGCAAAAUCAAGAGCCAAAUGCUGGAAUUUCCGGACCAACCCGACAUUCCUGACGAACUGAAGGAUCUAAUAACCCAGAUGCUGGAUAAAAAACCCGAAUCCAGGAUCACCAUCCCAGAAAUUAAGCUGCAUCCGUGGGUCACUAAGAAUGGCAUCGAACCGCUGCCGACCGAAGAUGAAAAUUGCACGCUGAUCGAGGUGACCGAAGAAGAGGUGGAGAAUUCGGUCAAGCACAUCCCCAGCUUAGCUACCGUGAUCCUGGUAAAAUCCAUGAUCAGGAAAAGAUCUUUUGGGAAUCCGUUUGAGGGGAGUAGAAGAGAAGAAAGAUUUCUGUCUGCACCAGACCGACAGACUUACUUGAUCAGAAAACAAAGCAGCGAAGAGGCUUUCCGCGCCACCAAUGAUCUGCCAAAUGUGAGCGAAGAUGAACUGCUUUCUUGAAAAAAACAAAAAACAAAAAAAAACCCCACCCUUGCCCUUCCUGGAAAGGGGGCUUCUGGUUAGCUUGCCAGGCGUGGUCUGUGAGAAGAGGGCGCCCUGCAGACAGUUGAGCCGGCUUGCCUUCCACGACGUUGGUUCAUUGUUUAAAUAACCGAAUGUAAAGAUUUUUGUGACAGCAUGCUGUACAGAUCAGAACCCAUUCCCUCACCAUCCAAAAAAGAUCUCUGCUGAUUUAAAAACAGGAUGUGGGAACCGAGGAAGGGGAUUAUCUUCAGGCUCGCUGGCGGUCAUUCCCCCAGCUGUGAAGCAUCGUGCCGAAUUUCCAAGGGGGGAAAAAAGCAAGGCAAAGAAACUCACCAAAAAUAAAACUGAGUUUGGAAAGAAACCGACAUCUGCUCAGGCCAAAUCCUCUGCAAAAAAACACGGUCCGAUUUUUAAAAUAUAUAUAUUAAAAUAUAUAUAUCAAGGGCGGCUAAACCACAGUGCUUCCUGCCAAACGAGGAUCAAGAAAACGCUUGCUUUGGGGUGUUUUUUUUUCCCUAAAAAAAAAUAAUUAUUAUUGUUACCCUUUUUAUUGCAUGGAAACCAAACCGAUGUCAAACUAAGGGGGCUAUUUGCCGAAGGCUUCGCUUUUUGUGAGCGGGCGAUUCAGUUUUAUUUUAAGAGCCGGUUUUGGAAGAUUCUUGAGGUUUUCGUCCGAAGCGAAAGACGGAAGGGAUGCACAUCGCCAAGGGGCAAGGCCUCGCAUUUGAAGAUGGGCCGCGCGGUUGCAUUCAAGCACAAAUGGCCAACAUGCAUUUUGUUUGGUGCAACAAUCUGCUUUGGCUGGCAGAGCCCAGGCUGGUAUUUCCUGAUCAUAAUUCUAUACUUUAUAUCUGUGUUACUGUAUAGCUACGUUCACAAAAUUCAGGGUUUUAUAGCCAUCCGGUGCUUGCUGGCAUGUUUCAUAGUCAAAUAAACUUUCAAGGAUGGACGUAGAGAUUCUGCAGUUUUUCCAAGACUCUCCCAAGGAUUUAAACCAAAACCAGAUUUCUUUUUCUUUUUGCUGUUGGAACACUUUUACGAUUCGCUUACCAAGAGUAGUUUCACCGCCCGUUUUCCUCCGCACUUCUGGAUAGAAAGCAGUCGGCAUUACGUAUUCCGGCAGAGUCGCAGCUCCUAAGGGAGGGAACGGUUGUCGAAACCAAUUCACAGGGGAGCGCGAUGUAUUAUGGACCUCACCUGUAAUCUUUUUCACAGAUUAACCUCGCUCGGAAGUAAUACGGCUCACCCAAGUCUUUGCAUCUGCUUUUUUUUAAAAAAAGCAGCCAAGAAUUAACGCAUGGAAAGGCUGCUGUGGUUCUUUUUUUUGUUUUGUUUUGUUUUUUUUAACAAAAACAUGUUUUAAAAAAAAAGAUUAAAAAGUUCUCAUUCCAUUAAAAAAAGAAAAAAAAAAAAACACUGAGCAUCAGAAUAUUUCUGGCCGGUUCCUUGUGUGCAGGCCAGGUAAUUUGGGAUGUAGCUUUCUUCAUAUUCUAAACCGGCCAGAUUGUGAGACAUUAACAUUUGUUGCUGUGAAAGCAAAAGGAGAAGGGCUAAUUGUAAUUGGGGGGGGGGGCUGCAUGUUUUCAUGUGCUGCUCCCCCCAACAGUGGAAAUACCAGUCAGGAAUGGUGUGAAUUGUGGUCAAAGAAAUGUAGGGAUUAUGAAAGAAGCGUUGAAUGGAUUAAUUUGGGUUUUUGUGCUUGCAGUGUGUCUAUAUAGCCAUUUGUGAUGUUGCUACUUUAAGAAUCAGGAAUGUUAAGUCUUUCAAAGCAUCUUUUUAGAAGGCCAGCUACCUUUCGCUGCUGAAGAAUCCCUGACAAUUGCUAAUUUUUAUAUCGGCAAGGAAUGCCUCAAGUUUGCACUACAUUACAGCCCUCCUAGCUUCCAGCUUCCUACUAUGCAUUCCACUUUUAUGAGGUAUCCGAUCACAAUGUAUUUAACCCUUCUGUUAAAUACAGAUUUAAAAAGA